AAUGUGCGCAAUGCAGCACGUGUUUAUAACCACAAAUGUGAGUUGUUGUUUUUAGUGCAAUUGUUGUUUUUCAAUUAUGCCAGCCCAGAAGAAGAGCAAUGUAUUGAGUUAUGAAGGGUGUAAUUACCUCAAGUAUCGAUUAUUAUUAUCGACAUUAUCAGGGAAGCCAGUGAGGAUCGAAGACAUCAGAACGAAUCACGAUGAUCCGGGGUUGAAAGAAUAUGAAGUCAGUCUGAUUAGACUUCUGGACAGACUGACCAAUGGAACACGAGUGGAAUUGAAUGAGACAGGAACGAGUCUCUUCUAUUCUCCAGGAUUGUUAGUUGGUGGAGAGCUGGAGCAUGAGUGCAGUUUGCAGAGGGGAAUUGGAUACUAUUUGGAAGCUGUGAUGGCUUUAGCUCCAUUCUGCAAGAAACCUGUUGAGAUCAAGCUCAGGGGAAUCACUAACAACAGUCUGGACCCCUCGGUCGACAGAAUUAAAACUGCUGGACUGUCUGUCCUCAAGAGAUUCGUCAUUGGGGAACAGGAUGUCGAGUUGGUCAUCAAGAAAAGAGGGGCUGCACCACUAGGUGGUGGUGAGGUUCUCUUCAAGUGUCCUAUUAAGCAAAGCUUGAAGACUGUGCAGUUUCAGAACAGUGGAAUGGUGAAGAGGAUACGUGGUCUUGCCUGCAGCAUUCGUGUAUCACCAGCAAUAGCCAAUAGAAUGGUUGAGUCUGCUAAAGGAGUUCUACUCAACUUUUUACCGGAUAUUUACAUUCAUACGGAUCACUGCAGGGGUGGAACUGGAGGAAAAUCGCCAGGAUUUGGUAUCACGAUAACAGCAGAAACAACAAAUGGAGUUUUCUUUAGUGGUGAGGCAUGCUCACCCCUGAUGACCACUGGAUCUCUACCCUGUGUUCCAGAGGACAUUGGAACAGAGGCUGCACAUAAAUUACUGGAUGAAAUAUAUAGAAAUGGAUGUGUGGACUCUCCAUUCCAGAGCAUGACUGCUUUAUUCAUGGCACUCGGGAAAAAAGAUGUUUCUAAGGUCCUCGUUGGGCCCCUGACCCCCACAAUGAUCCAAUUUUUACGAGAUCUCAAGGAUUUCUUCGGGGUAGUAUUCAAAUUAGAACCUGCAAAGGACGAGGAAGACGACGAAAUAACCCUGGAACAAGUUUUAUUGACUUGUGUGGGGAUAGGAUAUACAAAUCUCAGCAAGAAGCAUUUGUAGGCCGAUUUAAUCUGUAAAUAUUUCCUCUAUAUUUUUAAUAAAUACAUUUUUAGACAGCGAAAAGACAAUUGUC